AUAUUUAUAAAAUUCAUGAGUUCGCAAAUGUUAUACAAUUUUGAUAAAAAAAUGGAUUUCGUCCAUUUUAUUCUAACAAGAAAAAGAAAAAAAAGAAAAGAAAAGAAAAAGAAAAUUGCUUCGAAACUAAUUCGCAUUUGGAUACGUUCUUAUAUAUGUCGAGUUGCGCACAAACGUAGCGCUGAAAGCAUUUCAAAGCAAUUCUAGGCAGUAUAGAACAGCGAAUACGUUCAGUUGGCGUCGCGACGUCACGACUAAAGGGUCGUAGGAUUCGUGUACAGAGAAGGACUCGAUAACAUUUCUCUCGUUUACUCAAUACCAAAUGAAAAGUGAAAGAGAAACAUAGAAAAAAGGAAGAUAAUAAUACGUAUUGUAAAAAUAUCGAAAGACAUUGUAAUAAAAGAAAUUCGAUUAAUUCUAAUCGGUAAAUCAAAUAAAUUAUGGCCAAUCGAUUCGAGGAAAACACGGGAACAGAGGAAUCAUUCUAGAAAUACCUAUAUCGAAAAAAUUUCUCUUUUAAAAUGAACGAAUAUCAAAUGUCAACGAGUGUGUAUAUAUAUAUAUAUAAAACAAAUCCAGUUUACAUAAGUCUAUUUUGUUAGAUUAAAGAAAAAAAGAAAAGAAUAAAAAAAAUCUAAUCGUUGACAGUACUCGAUUUCGUGAUGCUCCAAUCGUGAUUUUGUGUUUUGAUCUUGUGACAUCCCAAUAUCCCGACAAAAGUGUUCUUUUUUCGUCAAUUUUACUUCUAACAAGGAGAAGGAACGACAAGGUUGUUUUGUUGCAACUAAUGAGCAAUAUUUACAACUUAUUAUUUUUAUGGGGAUUCUAAAGAGAAAGGAUGGGAGGAAAGAUCAGAAACCUUUAUACGAAUCGUUCAUGAAGAUAAACCAGAAGGACAUACUUACGUUUGAUAGUGUGCCAAAUCUUCCGGGAAGAUUAAAAAUUGUUCUUUAAUUCGACGGAACUAUAUAUAUAUAUAUUUUCUCCCUCUUUCUCUCUUUCUCUCUUUAGCAGAUCGUUAGUCACGUGUUAUUUGAUUUCAUUGAAAAUAGAGAAGAGAAACAAAGAAGACAAAUAAAAAGAUAUAUUAUAUUUCAAGCAUAUCCAAUCGAUGAAAUUUCAACGAAAAUUUCGAAUUGAAGACUGUCUAUUUGUGACAUAUUCUUUUUAUAAAGAAUUUAAAUUAUACAUUUAAUAAAAAGUGAACUUUUAUUUCGUUUUUGUCAGCGAGAUAUGUAUAUUUCUGAAAAAAACGAAAAAGAAAAAAAAGAGAGAGAAAAAAAGGAAAAAAAUCGAGUGAUAUUCGACACCAUAGAUAUUUGUUCGGUUAAGAUAAUCGAUGAAAAUAUUUAUAAAAUGUUCCAUGGUGUAUUUUUUCUUAAUAAUUAAAAAUCUCACAGAGCCACACGGCUCCAUAAUGUGUCCUGGUCCGAAUAUUUUCUUUUAUGUCAUCUAAAUUUGUCGUUUCGCUUUCACGACGUUGUGGUAUAUUUGUUGUAUGAAUCUGUUGGGUCAUCGACCUGGAACGAUCUCAUCGUCGAAUAAUUUUAGAUAACGAAAGUGAAUGAAAUAUUAGAAAAAAAUAAAUUCGAUAUUGGAAAAAGUUGGGCGCUUACAUGAGCCAAAAUUAGGAAAUAACGAUAGAACGAAUGCGAUGACGUUUUUAAUUUAAUACAUUUUAACAAGAAAAUACGAAGAAAACUCUCGAUUAGAAUAAAAUUUGUAUCAUUAAUCGAAAAUAUCACUGAUAAACAAAAAGAUAUUACGAAAAAAAAAAAUGUCUAAUUCACCCGGUAUUAAAAAAGUACCACCAAGACCGAAAAUCACUCUGCCGAUUCCUGGUCAAUAUGGACGAUAUCCACAAACACCCGCGGGAUACGUAUCGACACCUUAUAAUCAAACACCCGCACCUAUGACACCCGUGCCUGUAACGCCCGUUUCCGGACAACCACAAGUAUUUUAUUCCAAUAGAGCUAGCGAAUUCGUAUUUACACAAUUCAAAGGAAUCAAAGACUUCACAAAAUCUGGACUUAGUGUAGGCGAGAGAAGUGUUUUUUGGUUAUACGAGAAGGUUAGCUCCUGGAGUAAACGAUGGUUCACCCACAUAUUUUUAGUCGUUAUUGUAUUUUUGUAUAGUGUAGCCGGAGCAAUGAUUUUCAUUACCAUCGAAGGAACCAACGAAGAUAUAUUUCAUCUCAAUAUACGUCAAGAAAGAAACAAGACGAUCGAACUGAUUAGGGAACUCUGGGACGAUGAAGUAUUGGCCUCGGAUGUGGAACUUUGGAAAGGAGGAGCCCGAAGGGAACUUAUGAAAUAUGAAGAACACCUUUACGAAUUCUACAAACUUGGCGUAAUCGACCGCGGCGAGAAAGUCUGGACAUUUUGGAACGCCGUUUUUUACUGCGGCACGAUUUACACGACUAUCGCACACACAGUUACGACGUUUCUCGUCGUUGACGAGUUGUCGACGAUGGAGGAUAGUUAUACGAUCCACCGACGUCGCAAAGCGGCGGCAAAGAGACGUGAAAAAACACCGGAACCCUCGUCGAGAAGUCAACUCGUUGAGACAUCCGAGGAUGAGGAAGAGAUUAGGAGAGCAAGGAUGGAGAAGAUGGCUGAGGACACCGAACGUAUGGAAGAGAUGGAAAAGGAGAGGAAGGUGAAAGGUCAAGAGAAGGAGGGACAAUUGUACGAGGGUCAGGAUGAGAAGGAAAGGACUCGUGAAAGAAAGAAAGUUACAAACGGUAAAAAGAAUGUUACGAAACUCGAGGAUGGCUCGAAUGUUACUCGUCAAGAGAUGCUUUCUUCGCAAGCAACAACAAGUCUUGUUACUCGUUCACGUGAGAUCGAUAACGAUAACAACGUAGAACGGAAUGUACAACAGGAUAUUAAGGUUGGGAGUAAAAUAGAAGAGGAUAUUGAGAAAAAGGAAACUCUGAGGAUAAAGGAAGAUGACAGCGAACUUAUCGACACGAGGAAAGUCGAAAAACGAACGAAAAAAAGAUCGAAGGAUCGUAUGAUCGAAAGACAUCAAAGAUCAACGGAUUCCAGUGAGGAAAAAAGCGAGACUAGCCCAAGCAGAUUAAAGUCCUCUGAAAGUGUGAGACCGAGAACGAGGAAGUCCAUUGGGAAAACUCGAACGAGCGAGGGUGAUAAGUCCGUUCGUGAGAAGCACUCGUUCGAAGCGAAAAUUCGUCCUAAGGAUAAGCCCGAGAAAAAAUCUUUACAACAACCCUCUGACCCCAAUGAAAGUAUCAUAGAGGGAGCGACGAUGAAGAAGAGCGAAAGCUUUCCACCCAGAUCCCUGGAACGACAACCAGUCGUAAAGAGGUCAGCGACGGAUGUUAAAAAACAAGUGAUACCAUUGAGUAAUGAUAGUCUAAUAGAGGAUUUUGCGAAAGCACAGCGCGAGUAUUUAUUGAGAGAACGUAGCAUUUUAGAUCCUGAUCUGCCAGAGGAGGAAUAUCAGGACGCUAGUGAAAUUAUGGCUAUGAGAAGACGAAAAAUUGGUAUGAUUCAUAAUGAGAGCGAACAUCAAAAGAUUAUUAAUUCGGUGAAAGAAGAGUCAGCAGAUUCGAAGAAAAGUUCUUGGUUCUCUCGGUUCACAUGGUUUUUAUUCUUUUUGAAAAAGAAAAAAACUGAUAGUUCCGAGGUAGAGAAACGCGAAGACAUUCCGCAAAAUGAAUCAACGCAAGAAAUAAAAAAUUCUGAGAACGAACGUACCGAUAUACAAGAAAAAGUCACUUUCUUGGAUUUCCUUCGUGCACUCAAAGACGUUGCGUCCGAAUUAAAGGCUUUCAUGAUUCAAAAUCCUAUAGAGAUGCGAAUAAUAAGAAAAAUGAGAAAUCGUUGCAUAGCUCAAUUAAUCCUAAUUAUGAUAUAUUGCGGUCUUGGUGCUUUUGUUUUCCGAUUUACCGAAGGCGCGUUUGAGACUUUUUACAAGUGCGGCGUAAAGAGAGUUAAAAGAGACUUUUUGGACAGUCUAUGGAAUUAUAGUCACAAUCUUAGAGAGGACGAUUGGAAGAGUCUGGCACGAAGAAAGCUAAUGGAGUUUGAGGAACAAUUACAUACCGCUCACGAGGCAGGUGUACACACGUAUAGUGGACAAAGAAGUUGGACCUUCUUGAAUGCUGUCGUAUAUUGUCUUACUGUGAUCACCACUAUCGGAUACGGUCAUAUCUCACCGAGCACUACAACUGGAAGAGCCAUCACCAUUGUUUAUGCUAUAUUUGGUAUUCCGAUGUUUCUUAUUUUAUUGGCAGACUUUGGCAAAUUAUUCACACGCGGUAUCAAGUUCCUUUGGGCAUUCGUAAGAAGGCUCUAUUACACCGGAAGUUGUCGAAAAGUUCGUCGGACCGUGCCUGUACAGGAAGUUAUGAAAGGCGUCCAACUCGUAUACGAUCUCGCGACGUUUAGAAGACCAUCCCAGAUGAACCCGGAAGAUAUAGAAGAGAUUCAAAAACAACAAAAUCAACAAGCUGUAUUAAAUAUAGAUGGCAAUGCACCAGAUACACCGGGAACACCGGCUAUGUCAACGUUCGCAAUAGACGAUGAAUUUAAUCUUCCGAUAUCAGUGGCAAUAUUCAUUCUUCUUGGAUAUAUCUUCAUAGGUGCUACGCUUUAUAACGCGUGGGAGGAAUGGGGUUUCUUCGAGAGUUUCUAUUUUGUUUUCAUUUCUAUGAGCACUAUUGGCUUCGGCGAUUACGUGCCAAAGCAUCCCAUGUAUAUGAUGUGUUCGAUAAUAUACCUGGUAUUCGGUCUGGCUCUAACUUCGAUGUGCAUCAACGUAGUACAGGUGAUGCUGUCGGAUUCGUUCAAACAGGCAAGCCAGAAAAUUGGUGCUACCAUCGGGUUUGAAAUCGCGGAUGACGACGGAUCAGUGAAACCUGCUCCACCACCACCGGUGGAAGUGGCAGACAUUCAUACCUCUAUAAAAGAUUCUGAAAGCGUUGAAAAAAUAGCACCUAAAGCGAAACAAGAGGAUGUAGAUCUAUAAGUUAUGAAAAUACUUUUAGAUAUGGUUAUUCAAAAAACAUUUAAUUGAUCUUACGUUCUUUCGAAAGAGCUUUAAGUGCAAAUUCCAAUUUUGAAAAAUUAUAAUUCUCUGCUUGCUUGAUCAGAUGGACUUUCGGCUUUUAUUAUUACAAUAAAUAUGUAUAUGUAUUGUGUAUGCGCGGGUGUGUGUGCGCGUGUGUGUAUGUACGUGUGUAUGUAUAUGUAUGUAUAUAUAUAUAUAUGCAUGCAUGCGUGAUAACGCGAUAUUUAUAUAUGAAACAGAAAGAUAUAUUCGCUUUCUCGUUUAAAAUAAUGCACUUUUUUAUCGAGUAAAAAGAAGCGAGAAAGAAAGAAAAACAAUUCUGCACAAUGAGAGCGGCCUUAUCGUCGUCGUCGUCGUCAUCGUUCUUUCGCUUAAUUAAUUUAUAAGAAAAAAAUGAUAAGAGGGGUAUGUCUUUUAAAAAAUCCUUCGAACAAUCACGAACAUAUAUGUAGACCGCUUUACGCUGUCACAUUUGUUGGUUCUAAAAUCGAAAAACAAAUCGAUGUAUCAUUGAAAAGAUUGUUAUUGUCUUGUCAGUGAUUUGUGAUGUAUAGAUAGUAUAAUUUUAGGAUAAAUAACAUCGAUCGUCUUAUAUAAUAUAAUAUAUUAUUUUCUCUUGAAUAUGUGAAAAAGCAGACUGAAAAUAUUACAAUUUAUUUUUAGAAUGCUAAUCAUUUAUUUUAUUUUAUUACAUUUAUUUUAAUUUGUUCCACACAUUUUAAUAUCUACUGACAAUAAAUAUAAACGAAUGAAAAUAUAUGUUAGACACUUUUUUUUAUAACUUUUUUUUUAAACACUGAACAAUGGUCUUAAUAUUUUCUUAAUUACGUACAAUUCUUGCUUCUUGUUACUCCAUACAGAUUAAUACAAUAUUCGUUACUAUUUCAUUUAUUAUUUACAUUAUUAUUUAUCAAUUAUUGUGAUUUCAAAAACAGAAAAUGAUAACACAAGUAAUAUCUGCUUUCGUACAUAAUAUUUAAAAACUCAUUUAUCUAAUAUGCGAUAUAAAUUACCAAAGUGUAUACACAGUCAUAUUUGCAAAAGAGAUACUAUUUCUCUAUCGAACCGCGUCCAUUAUUGACAUAACAUAGAUAAAUUGUAACAUAGAUAAAUUAUAUGUAAAUUAUUAUCCAAAUAUUUUAUUAAUAAUAUUGCAUAUUAUAAUUCCAAUGGGCUAAAUGAACAUCGACGCGAUGACUUUAUCUUUAAUAUAUAAUAAUGUUAAAUGCAUUCAUUAUAACCUUAUAUAAAUAUAAAAAAAAAAAUAUAUAUAUAUAUAUAUACAUAUACAUAUAUAUAUAUGUAUGUAUGUAUGUAUGUAUAUAUAUGAUAUGUGUGUAUAUAUAUGUAUAUAUAUAUAUAAUUAGUUCUGACUGAUUAUAUUAUGUAUUUUUUUUAAUGAUAUUUUCGUUUGACGCUUAUAAAAUUUAAUUUUUAGAUUAUUAGUAAUUUAUUGUUUGUUUAUGAUUUUAUUCUUUCUAUUUCUACUUUCUAUAUUUGCAUGCAUUAUCUCAAAGCAUCGAAUUUAAGCUGUAAAGGUUCAAUAAUUUUUGUGCGAAAUUAUACAAAAUAAAUAUAAAUAGAACAACGUAGCCAAUUUUCACUACAAAAAAAAAGAAAAUCGUGCCUUUUUGAAAAUCAACUGUAUUAGCUAUUUACUGUUUAUCUAAUUCCUAUGACACAAGAUCCCAUUUGUAAAAGUUAGUGUGCGAUUUGUAAAAAUGUCGAACAAGUAAAUAUCGAAUGCCUAUUUUUCUCUUUAUAUUUUAAACAAUAAAUAACUAUUAUGUGCGUGUAAAAAAA